UGAAUCCUCCUGAUUGACCACAACGGCGAGCACAGUGAGAUUGACAUCAUCGACCACGACGAGAAGCAGCAAGACAGACUAAAUAUCACAUGCGCCAGCCAAAAGCUUCUUUCCAAAUCAUAUAGCUAUGAUGACCUCGACAAACGCAUUCGACCCGCUCACCAUCAAUCUUGAAAAACAAAAACGUGCACUCUGUGCACUUCUGCCUCCCAAUUCCUUCCAUAUCCAACAUAUAACUGAAGCGAAUACACCAAAACACGCUCUAUCCACAUUAUCUCGACUGCUGGCUGUUCCAGCUCUCACUCUGACAAUCGCUGAUCUGUUCAGACCUCUUUUGAUUGAUUUAUGCGCCAGAUGGCUUCACGACGAUGACGAUAUCGAAGAUAGGUUCAUCGCGUUUUGUCUCCUCAUUGAGCUUCAUGAGGAGCUAUAUCCAUGUCUAUACGCUUUCUUGCAAAAACAGUGUCUAUCCAAGGGACCACUUGCUUUCAUAGCUGCGGCUCCUUCUGUUGCUGAAAUUGAAACCAUUCGUCUGCACCGCAUGUUGCUUGCAUAUUAUCGCCUUCUCCGCGCUAAUCGUCUCCUUCCCAAGCAUCUACUAUGGGACGGGUCGCUACUAUCCAAACUACUCUUCCCGCCUCACCCUGAUACAGGUGUACGAUUACUUGCUGCUCGGUGCUAUGCAUCGCAUGUUAGUAUGGCAGAAAGUGAGCGUGAGAGGUUUAUCACCCAUGUCCUCGGCGAGUUUUGCAGCGUUGAUUGUCCAAUUAACUAUGCCCAGACUAUCGACGGGACUGUUGUUGAUACCGACGGCUGGCUCGUACCUACAUUGGAGAUAAAGCGCAUUUACGAUGCACGCGACGCUAUUCUCGAAAGUUCCGAUUUUUACUCUCUUGACGCAGAGGAUGUAUUGCAGCCUCUCUCGGAGGCAGACCUGAGUCCCUGGAUUGCUAAUAUCCAUGGUUUAUUGAUGCUCAAGUCAUUUCCAACCAUCCCUUCUCCCUCAGAGAUUAUUGCAACGCCUUCCGCUAUAAAUGCUCUCCGUGAAAUUGCGACACACCUUUCUCUCCGCUUGCCUGUCCUCCUAUCUUCUCCACCAUCCUCAGGAAAAUCACUCUUCAUAUCCCAUCUCGCUUCCAGCUUACAUCCGACGAUACCAGUCAACGAGCUCAUCGUGACCGUUCACCUAGCAGACACGUCCCUCGAUCCUCGGGCCCUUCUUGGCUCCUACAUUUCCUCACCAACACAACUCGGAACUUUUGAAUGGAAGGAUGGUGUACUUGUGCGCGCACUGCGUGAGGGGCGCUGGCUGGUGCUUUCUGACAUAGAUCGUGCUAGCAUGGAAGUUUUGGCCCUGCUGAAGCCACUUGUCGAGAGUAUGGGCCUUGGGAAUUGGAUUGGACAUCGCGCAGGUAUAGAGGUCCCCGGAAAGGGUCGCGUUGAGGCGCGUGAAGGUUUUGCACUUUUUGCAACUCGAUCGCUUGCUGUUGGGCACGGAAAGAAGGUGCCUGCCCCAACAUUUUUUGGUUCCCACAAAUGGCAUGAAGUGAUAGUGGAUGCACCAGAUGCAGAAGAGGUCAGAUCUAUCAUGGAAAGCAAGUUCCCGAAGAUUGUGGGGGCUGCUGGGGCUCUUAUCAAGCUCUGGGACGAUGUACAGGCACUCGGCUCAACGUCAUCUUCGCGUCCUGUCGGGCUACGUGAACUUCAGAAGUUUUGCCAGCGAGUUGAGCGCCUCCUGCCGUCCAGCCAUACGGUGGAUGUGGACAUGGAUAAUGACACCCAGUUACCACUCUUCAACAUCUUUCCCAAUCCCAGUCUUCGUGAAGAAAUAUUCCUCGAGGCCCGUGAUGUCUUUUUCGGUGCGGGUGCUCUCACUGCAUCUGCGCGUGCACACUCUGCGCGGGUUUCCUCUGUUAUUGGGGCACACUUGGAUCUGGAUGCAGAGCGGCAGGCUUGGUUGCUUUUCAGACACACAUCGGAUUUCGAAGUUGAGAAAGACGUCAAUGGAGAUGUGCUCGCAGCACGCUGUGGGCGCACGCGUCUCCCCGCUCGUCCCAUGAAGGGCAUGAGCACUGGUGCAUCCUCACGACCCUUCGCAUUGCACAAGCCAGCUCUGUUACUCCUCUCGCGUAUCAGCACCGCACUCGCGCUGUCCGAGCCCGUCCUGCUUACUGGUGAGACUGGUACGGGUAAGACGAGCGCAGUAACAUACCUUGCAUCAUUAUUGAGACGUCCACUUAUUUCCCUGAAUCUCUCGCACCAAACGGAAGCUUCAGAUCUUCUGGGAGGCUUUCGUCCUGUCGAUGCACGCGUCAGGGGUAGCGAGUUGAUGGAACAUUGGAGCGAGUUAUUCGGGAGAACGUUCAGCCGCAAACGAAAUGCGGGUUUCGAGGAUGGUUUGAGGAAAGCUGUGAGAGAAGGGCGGUGGAAGAGAGCUGUUGGUAUGUGGAAGGAGAGUGGGAAGAUGGCAAGGGAGAGGAUUCGGGGCAAGGUUGAAGGAGAUAUAGGGGAGAACGACUCUGACGCACCGAGAAAACGGAGAAAAGUCGAGGCCGAAAUGAAGGUUUCCGACGCGGACUGGGAACGAUUUGAGAAGGAUGUGGAUGAGUUUGACCUUCAACAUGCCCAAGGGAAAGGUAAAUUCACGUUUGAUUUUGUGGAGGGUCCACUUGUGAAGGCUCUGCGCGCUGGUGAUUGGGUUCUCCUUGACGAGAUCAACUUGGCAAGUCCGGAGACAUUAGAGUGUAUCACAGGCCUCCUGCGCGGUCCAACAGCCUCGAUCACCCUCACUGAGCAAGGCUCCCUGUCUGCUGUCCCACGCCAUCCUGAUUUCCGUCUCUUCGCAUGCAUGAACCCCGCUACUGACGUCGGCAAGAAAGACCUCCCGCCCACCAUCCGUACGCGCUUCACAGAAAUUGAUGUCCCUCCCCCCGAUGCAGAUCGUGAGACGCUACUCAGUAUUGUUUCGCAGUAUAUCGGAGCAAGCGCGGUUGGUGAUAAAGGUGCUGUGAUGGAUGUCGCAGAGUUCUAUAUCUCUGUCAAGGGUGCAGAGCUGGCGGAUGGCUCAAACAAGAAGCCACAUUACAGUAUGCGCACCUUGGCGAGAGCCCUGACGUUUGCUGCAGAUAUUGCAGGGUCGUUCGGGUUGCGACGGGCGCUUUGGGAGGGGGUGUUGAUGGCAUUCACCAUGGUGUUAGACGGAGGAAGCGCAGAAACUGUUACUGCCCUUGCACAGAAGCAUAUCCUUGCUGGUGUCCGCAAUCCUCGAUCGUUACUUGCCAGGGAACCCAGUUUUCCUCCUGGGCGGUCUAUAGAAGAAUUCAUCAAGUUUGGACCGUUUCAUCUUGAGAAGGGACCACUCCCCGAGGACCCCAUGGAGGAAUAUAUCAUGACACCAUCGGUCGAGAAGAAGCUCAUUGACCUCGCAAGAAUCGUUUUGACUCGACGCUUUCCCGUGCUCAUCGAGGGUCCUACCUCAGCAGGCAAGACGAGCGCAGUGGAGUACCUCGCUCGCAGAACCGGUCACAACUUCAUCCGUAUCAAUAACCAUGAGCACACUGACGUGCAGGAAUACCUCGGCUCAUAUGUUUCUGAUCCUGCCACUGGCAAGCUCGUAUUCAAAGAUGGCUUGCUUGUCCAUGCUCUCCGACAUGGACAUUGGAUCGUACUGGACGAGCUGAACUUGGCACCUACAGACGUGUUGGAAGCUCUUAAUCGGCUGCUAGAUGACAAUCGGGAACUUGUCGUUCCGGAGACACAAGAGGUCAUCCGCCCACAUCCACACUUUAUGUUAUUCGCAACACAGAAUCCUCCUGGCCUAUAUGCAGGGAGGAAGGUUCUGUCCCGUGCCUUCCGAAAUCGUUUCCUCGAGGUUCACUUCCAGGAUGUGCCUCAAGCGGAGCUUGAAACCAUUCUCUGCCAGCGUUGCCGUAUCGCACCUUCCUAUGGCCAGAAAAUCGUCAGUGUGUUCCGUGAAUUGCAGAAACGUCGUCAGUCGAGUCGCGUUUUCGAGAGCAAACAAGGUUUUGCAACUCUUCGUGAUCUUUUUAGAUGGGCCGGUCGUGAUGCAGUGGGUUAUCAAGAGUUGGCAGAGAAUGGGUAUAUGCUACUUGCGGAACGUGCACGACGCGAAGACGACAAAGUCGUAGUGAAGGAGGUCAUAGAGUCUAUCAUGAAAGUUCGCAUCGACGAGCGAGCGAUAUACGACAUUCAUUCCACAGUAGGGGAUGCACAGACCUUUUUAGGAUGCCCCAUACCGCCAGACUCACAGGUUGUCUGGACAAGUGCAAUGCAACGGCUCUUCGUCCUGGUGUCACGUGCCCUGCGGUUCAACGAACCCGUGCUUUUGGUGGGAGAGACGGGUUCUGGGAAGACAUCUGUCUGUCAGCUCUAUGCAGAAGUCGUGUCCAAGCAUCUGUAUGCGCUAAACUGCCACCAAAACACAGAAACCGCAGACCUUAUCGGUGGCUUGCGACCUGUACGCAACCGUGCCUCGGCCGAGGCCAAUAUUAUCCGUGAUGCUCAUACGAUCCUUGAGCGUGCAGGCAUUGACGACAUACCUUCUAAUUCCCAACAACUGUUGUCCCGAAUAAAUACGCUCCUGAAGGCAGGCAAGGAUUUGGACCCGUCGUUCCUGACUCCAUUACGCGAAAUUCAGGAGAACCUCAACCGGAUUUGCUGCUUGUUUGAAUGGCAUGAUGGGCCGUUAGUCCGCGCAAUGCGUGAAGGAGACGUCUUUCUUCUCGACGAGAUUUCCCUUGCCGACGAUUCUGUUCUAGAACGUCUGAACAGCGUCCUGGAACCUGGUCGCACAAUCGUGCUUGCAGAACGUGGCGGUAUUGACGGUGAUUAUCCCGCCAUACAUGCUUCCAACGAGUUCAAGUUGCUUGCUACCAUGAACCCGGGCGGUGAUUAUGGGAAGAAGGAGCUAUCUCCCGCUCUACGAAACCGUUUCACGGAGAUUUGGGUACCAGCAGUAACCAGUCAAGCGGAUUUGCAGUUGAUUGUUGACUACUCAUGGAAGCACGACUCUAUGAAGCCGUUCACGGGUCUGCUCCUGCAGUUCACAAACUGGCUUCGGGAUAGAGUUCACGAUCCUGCUAUUUGCUCCCUGCGAGAUAUAUUGGCUUGGGUGACAUUCGCCAAUGCUGCAUGCUCUGGCAGUGCAGAAACGUCCAUGUUACCAGCGGAAAUUUUUCAUCACGCGGCCCACAUGACUUUCCUCGACGGUCUUGGAUCCUUGCCACAGCUAGCUUCCUACUCGUCUGAUGCGCUCAGUCGACUGAGGAAUGAUGCCAUUGAGAAGUUGCAGCUGCUCGUGCCAUUCAAGGAAGCCGAUAAUUCAUAUGCUUUUGAUGCAUCAAACUUCGUGCAGCUUGGAUCUUUUGCCAUCUCUAAAGGCCCAUUAAAAUCAGUAUUGCAUAACUUCAAUCUGCAGGCGCCGACUGCUCGUGAGAACGCAAUGCGAGUGGUCAGGGCAUGUCAGGUUUCCAAGCCGGUCCUCCUAGAAGGCAGUCCAGGCGUCGGAAAAACCAGUUUGAUCACUACUCUUGCCAUGCUUUCAGGAUAUCAUCUCUGUCGAAUCAAUUUGUCCGACCAAACAGAUCUUAUGGAUCUCUUCGGUUCCGAUCUUCCUGUCGAGAAUGGCUCUCCAGGAGAAUUCGCCUGGAAAGAUGCCGAAUUCUUGACAGCCAUGCAAGAAGGACAUUGGGUUCUCCUCGAUGAAAUGAAUCUCGCACCCCAGGCUAUCCUCGAGGGACUUAAUGCUGUUCUGGACCACCGAGGUACUGUAUAUAUUCCCGAGCUCGGGAGAUCCUUCGUCCGGCAUCCCGCUUUCCGUGUCUUCGCAGCACAAAAUCCACUCCAACAAGGAGGAGGUCGCAAAGGACUUCCAAAAUCUUUUAUGGACCGCUUCACGAAGGUUUACAUCGAGGAGCUAUCCCCUGAGGAUCUUCUUCUUGUCUGUCAAGAGCGUUUUAAGGGUUGUGAUGAGGACAUGCUACGCGCCAUGAUCACAUACAACAACCGCCUGAAUCAGGAAGUUGUACACAAGAGGACUUUUGGUCGCGACGGCAGUCCUUGGGAAUUCAACCUUCGCGAUGUUCUCCGCUGGGGAGAGCUAUUGCAAUCAUCGCCCAUUUCACAUCAUCCUCGAGAUUUCUUGCGAGCCAUCUACCUCAGCAGGUUCAGGACUCUCGCUGAUCGUAACUGCGCUCAACGAUUGUUCGAUGAAAUCUUUUCUACAUCUAGCCCAACCAUCCUUCACAAUCCGCAUCCUAUCAUAUCAUCGUCACAUUUCCGUAUCGGGCACUACCUCGUAGAACGACGUAACAACACCCUUAGUCUUCGACCCAGGUGCCUGCUACAAGCGCACUUUGCUACACUAGAAGCCAUUGGGGCAUGUCUCUCUAGGUCGUGGUUAGUCAUUGUUACAGGACGACACGACAGCGGUAAGUCAGAACUCAUCCGUACUGUCGCUGAUCUUUCAGGGAAUAUCCUUCAUGAGAUAACUAUCACGAGUUCUACUGAUACCAUGGAUAUCCUUGGAGGUUUCGAACAAAUGGAUCAUCGUACCCGAGUACUUGCUCUCGUUCAAGAUAUCAUCAAUUAUGGAGAAAGUCGUUCCAAAUACCUGUCUAGCUGUACCACCGAUCACCAGACUUAUCUCUCGCUUCUUCUCGGGUUAUAUUCAUCACCUCUAUCCUCCAACUCCCUCCUCCAUUCUGCAGCACAAGUACUAUCGACCUUCGCUGACGAAAAUUCUACGGAUGAAACACAGGCCUUACUGCAUCGCGUUCGGCAAUUAUCGUCCGUGGUGACAUCCAGUGGCCAAUUUGAAUGGGUCGAUGGACCUCUCGUACGCGCAGUCAAGUUAGGGCACUGGGUAGUUCUGGACGGCGCGAAUCUCUGUAAUCCUUCCGUCCUCGACCGACUGAACUCUCUUUGUGAACCUGGUGGAGUUCUCGUUCUCAGUGAGAGAGGAUAUGUCAAUGGUGCGGUACAAAUGCUUAGACCGCAUCCCAACUUUCGUAUGUUUAUGACAUCUGACCCUCGAUAUGGCGAGCUAUCGCGUGCGAUGCGAAAUCGUGGUAUUGAAGUGUCAUUGGCUGCUUCCUUAUCCUCAGAAGAUGAACUUCGCCUCCGAAUUCAUCAUCGACUUCCUAGGACCAUCUUAGGCACAGGUCCUCCUUUCGUCAUGACCUACGAGCUUGCACGCAGAGGAAUCUACCACACCCAUCGCGGGGAAAGUAGUGACUCGUGGCCAUCUGGGUUAGUUGAAGAAGAGUCUUCCACAUCUUCGUUGAUCACUCUGGCACCGUUCCUUCGACCAUCCAAAUCGGACCUGCGCGCUAUGAUUCAUUUCAUGCUAAGGACAAUCUCUUUGGAUGUGACUUCUUCGUUGCGGCGCUUUAUGAAGUUCGCAAUGCCUUCGUGCUCAUCACAGUUUAUUUUGGACGGUGCCCUUUCCUCGGGAGCUUUCAAGCUCUUUACUGAGUGGCGAAGAGAUCUCCUCACUUCCCGAGUUACGAACGACGCUAUUACAGCUCUGCCAAUGGAUACUUUCAUGGUAUGUCCGCCAUGCAAGUUCUGCAGUCAUGAGGACGGACAUCAUCCAAUACACUUGAUGCUUCUUCAAACUUUGAACUUGAUCGCAGCAAUAUUCAUCGAUGAUACCGAGCGAGCGGAGAUGCCACAAGAACUGUACGGCAUUUGUGCGAGCAAGAUAACUUUACCAACACGCCAGCAACACCCGACAUAUCUACGACUGUUAGAUGCUAUUCAUGAAGUUUUGAAAGAGGCGCGUAGAACGGCUGAGGAGGUUUUCAACCAAAUCGUCAGAAGAUCUGAAGUUCAGCUGGUGGACCUUGAACUUGCCCUCAAAUUACUUAGUAUUUCCAGGCAACUCCGACGAUCAGGAACGGGCACAUAUGUCGAUUACUCCUCGAUACAGGCAUGCUCUAGGUCAAUCGUAGCCGCGUUACAAUUACGGAGCUGCUCAACAUUUGAACGUCUCGCAAGUGUUUCUGCUGUAUUAGAUGAGGCAGUUUCCCCCACCUCUGGAUUAGGUUUGACAGAAAUGUGGACGCACUUGUUCGCGCCAAUGACUAUGGAAGUAUCUCUUCCAGAGAUCAGAAGGCUCGAGCAUGUCGCUGGGCAACUACAUGAAGGCUUAAAUCAGCACGUCCAUCGCAGGCAAAUUCUAGAUGUCUUAUCCCUUUAUACCCUUCCGCUUAUGAGCACAGUAUCCACUGACUUGGAGAUAGAAUUAGCACACACGGUGAAAGAAAAGGUUACGUCGAAUUUCCAAGGGGGCAACAAUUCUCUCAAACGAUAUGCUUCUCCUUCUCUCCUUAUCUGCGAAUUGCUCUGGUUGAGUGACAUUCGUGAAGCAUCAUCAUCGACCGUUCCUCCUGCCAUGAAACACUUGAUUGAUGUGGCAUGUGAGGAACCACGCGAGGAUCUCAUUCGCUUUGCAUCGUAUCAGCAUUUCAUAUGGGCACAUGACGCAGGAGGGGGAGUUCCCACGCAUCUCUUGACUGCUUUGCAGACUGGAUGGCUCGCAAGUCUGUGGAAUUCAAGCUUAACUCAGGCAGAAAUUCUUGAUGGACCGGAUGUCCUCCUUUGUCCGACUCUUCUUCGGGCCUCCAUAAAUUUGAACCAAGCGCAGAGCGUUUCACUAUCUUCCCUCGAAGGGCACGAAGUUUCUGUUCGUCGUCACCUACGGCUGCUCUCUAUGCAAUGUGUUGUUCAUGAGUCGCGGGUACAACAAUUGUCGGCAUUCAUGUACCAAUGUAUUCUAUCUGUGGCAUCCUGCUUCGCUUCAUCAUUUGAUGAUAUUAACUGGCAAGCCAUGCUCGGAUCUGCCGUCAACAGCAGCGCCUUUCCCAUGACAAUGUUGUCUCUCCUCGAACAUUCCAAGCACGAGCCCUUGAAAGCAGCUAUCCAUCUGUUUUUGCGCCCCAACCUCAUACGGUUCGCAACCGACCACCAGCCACGAGACAUAACAGCGGCUCGCUUGGGGCGUUGCUAUAUUUCUCUCAGUAGAGUGAUCCUCAACCUAUCCAUUCCUGAUCUUCCGGUAGACCCCGCAACCGUGAUCCGUCGUUUAGCGGAAUAUUCGCAAGAAGAGACUGAUUUUCUGUCGACCCAGUCGUCUCUCCAUAAAGCAUGGGAACAACGAACCGCUGGCAAUCUAUCCAACAGUGUUAUACAAUAUCUCGAUGUUUUAUCUGAAGCCGAACACAAAAAUCUACCACUGGGUUCCUCAAACCUUCCCCGACGACCUGAUGGUAACCGCAUUCACGCAUUUUGGUCCGAGGUUUCACAGUUUCAAAGUCAAGUCAUCCAACCCAACAAGGUUGAUGAUUUAACUGCCAUUCUCGAAACCGGCGAUCCUUCUUCUUUCGCGCGUGAAUCCGUGAUGCAGGAAUCAAUAUCUGGGUUUUGUCAACGGAUGGACGAUCUUUACCGCGACUUUGAAGAUAUUGCAAAGAUUAUUCGCCUAGCGCUCCUCCUCCUCCGUUUCGGGAUCCGACUUAUUCGCUGUUCUGCGCAGCAAAUGUCCUACGCACAGCAUGCUCAACAGAACAUAGCUGCUGCUUCCCUGGUGACAUAUCCAUCUCUUCGCAGUGCGCAACUGUUGCAGACGCAACUUGAACGAGGAGCUGCAUCCGGAGCAUCUCCCUCUGACCAGGUCCUACUGCAUGUGUCAGCCAUAGGCCUCCGUGCUGCUAUAUCAGGCCUCGCUCCCCAUGCUGCUGCUGUUCAUGCGGCAUAUGAGCAAGCAUUCAGGCUCUGGACUAUGGACCGCACUCGCCAAAAUGAGAAGGAACACGAUGACUCGUCGCUAUACAGACGUAGCACCCUUAAUCACGAUGCCUCCACGGAAGUUGAAGCGGAACAGAAAGAGUUUUUGGAGCUGUUCCCAACAUUUGAGGACGCACUCGCUAGUCCUGACGGCAUGCCCAACAAGAUUCACGAAAAACCCUCUGAGUUCUUUAGUGCUUGCGCAGCCGAAGCGUUGUUGGGGAUGCACUUCGGACUCACUGGAGUCACUAGUAUCGGUAUCAGCGUCGGAGGUCCCAAUACGAGGUUUAAUUCAUCUCGUCGGUCGGUUUUGAAGACGCUCCUCGACAAUCGAUAUCCUACUCUCCCAGACACCCUUGAUGAUGAAUCGUUGCACGAACAGCUUUCUUUAGUCCACGAUCAUCUUCUCGCGCUGAAGUCUCAGGAGCGCCCUACUGGUCAGCUGUUCAACUUCUAUACUGACGCGAACAUAAGAGAGGCGAAGAAGGCCCUUGCAGCAGUGGGCUCCCUUAGAAUACGGUUGAUCGCGCUCGUCGAAGACUGGCCAGAUCAGAUGGUUUUACAGCACCUGAAAGACCGUUGCGAUGCGUACCUGGCCCUGGACAUAAACAGUCCCAUUGCCAAAUUGUUGUCCGGCCUGGAGCAAAUCAUACUGCAGACAGACGACUGGGAAAUGUACGCACACCGAGGAAAUAGCCUCAAGGCACAUCAGCAAGAGUUCAUAAUGCUCGUUGUAGAAUGGAGACGCUUGGAACUAUCGUGCUGGAAAGUGCUAUUACAGUCUCAAUCUGACUCGUUCACCAAAGGAGUUUCGGAAUUUUGGUUCCGACUGUAUGAUCUCACAGUGCGCGGCACCCUUAGUGCAGCUCAAGAGGAUGAAGGCGCAGCUACUGGAGCUCUCCAACAAUAUCUCAGGCAACUGCCAUCACUCCUGGAUGACUUCAUGCGUUCCAGCGCUCUGGGUCAAUUCCAAGUCAGGUUGGAUCUCCUCGGGACUUUCAGGGUCAUCGUCGGUCAUAUCGCAUCUACGUUGGACGGAUGGCAGCGCAAUGCCCUUCAACGCGUCGAACUUGUCUUGACGUCCACUCGGAGAUACUAUCGAUUGUUUGCAGCCCAGUUAGCCGGAUCUCUAGCGGAUCAAAGAGGAGAACUUGAGAAAGAUGUUCAGGCAUUCAUAAAGCUCGCCAGCUGGAAAGACAUCAACGUCCAAGCCCUGAAGCAAAGUGCUCAACGAACGCAUCAUCAACUCUACAAGCUAAUCCGCAAAUUCCGGGAGAUCCUGCGUCAGCCCAUUGCUGAGCGCAUACUGCCGACAUUCGCUGGUGAUGCAGAAUGCACCCAGUCAAUAGAUGUUCUGGGUUACUCGGGAGAUCUGCUCCCCAUAGCAUACACUCUGGAGCGUGGCAACUCUCUUCAACCGAACGAAACCUAUUUCACACCAUCUCACCUUGCCAAUUUAAACCAGACACUCGAAAGAUUCCAUAGGCUUAUGAACAGUCGUAUUCGGGCUUUCCUGCGCCGACGUCUUCCUCAUCAUGUUGACCAACUUGCGGUCGAGAUCAUACUUACCGUACGAGACCUAGCAGCAGAAGGCGUGCCCCCAGGUCUUUCCAAGGAGAAACGAGAAAAAUACGUGAAGGGCCUGCUGGUUCGCAAGAGGAAGGCUUUGAGUGAUCUCUUGAAGGAGCUCAAACGUGCCGGUCUCGCUGCCAAUGUCAAACCCGAAGUGCUCAGCGAGCUCAGAGAUGAAAGCUGGAUACGAGAGCAACCGUCGAUGCCUCCAGAAAGUUCCAUACACGUCGAGAAAGGGGAGUAUUACUUCGACCGCCUUCGUGGUGCUCUUUCGGCAGUCAGAGUCUUGGUUUCCGAUCAUCACUCGGACAUAAGCACGCGUGAUUUGCUUCGAGGUAUUGCCUUUGUAGAGUCUGGUUAUUCAUUAGCUCUUAAGGCGAGGUCUUCGUUGUCAACAGCUUUUCAAUGUUUCAUCGACAUCAGACGGUGCACCGAGCGCCUUCAGACCCUCGUCGAAGCCCCCCUACUUAUCACCAAAGGAUUCUCCCCCGCUCGUCUGCUGCAUCUAUGUCAAGCACUCGGCAACGCCGUGCAUGCUUUUGAAGAACUUCUCCAAGGAAUUCGCCUUUUCAUCGAGAUUCAGGAGGACCAGGGCGCCGCACCAUUAGUCAUGGUUGAGGUUCAAUCAGUUUAUGCCAAGACACUAGUUCUUCGUGACCGUGCUUCAGAAGUUUUACAAGGAAGCCAGCACGCAAUGCCUAUGGUGCUACCUGUCGAACACUCCACUGUUAAAGAAGCUGACGAACAUUUCCGUGCCAUUCCCGACUACCUCCAGAAGAUGACAAUGGCGGAACCACGACUCAGCUACAUCUUGUCUCCUAUCGAGCAAUGGCUCCGUAAUCAAUACGUUUCUACAGAUGCCGAGACAACAUCCGGAGCUGCAGAGUCAUUGGCUGCGGAUGUCAUCAUCGAGACGCUUUUGGUGACAGUGCAAUCCCUCUUGAAAAGAUGUCCGGAAGGGUCUACCGACGAGCCUCUUGAUGAUGAAGCCCAGGAUAAUUUCAUCCGUGAAGAUUUGCGCACAAUUUCAGGCUUCACUCAAUCCUUAGACCUUGAAGUCCUCUUGGAGCGGCUGCAUGUCAUGACGACCCAUCUUUCCUCCCUUUCACAGUCCGACAUCCAGGCAAGCCUUCGGCGCCUCCUCCCCUUUCUUCAGUGCUACAUUUCUUUCGUGGGAGAACACCUCAUGGUGCACAGUCAGUGGACAAAGGCCCUCUUCAAGCUUGAUUUCAUCGUUUCCUCUACCAUGCAUACUAUCGCUAGGCAAGGCUUUUGUUUGCCCCCGGAUACAACUGAUUCGGGUGAUGCCGAAGGUGGCACCGAGACUGCUGGGGGAGUGGGCCUAGGUGAUGGAACGGGAAUGGAGAACGUCAGCAAGGAGAUCGAGGAUGAAAGUCAGGUUGAAGGAUUAAAAGGGGAUGAAGGUGAAGCUCAAGAUGAGCAGGGGCACGGGGCUGAUGAUAAUACUAUUGAGAUGAGCGAGGAUAUUGGUGGGGAGAUGGAAGAUGUGCCAGAUGAUGGAGAUCAGGACGGGGAUCAGGAAGAUGAUGACGAUGAACAGGAGGAGCCGGAUGAGCAGCUGGGGAAACUUGAUGCAGGCGAUCCGAAUGCAGUCGACGAAAAGCUGUGGGGAGACGAAUCUACGGAAUUAGAUUCCGCAGAUCAGGACCAGGUUCCCCAAGACCGCUCAGAUUCGCAGCAGGAGGAAUCAGAGAUCGUAGCCAAGGAGCGCGACCAAUCAAAGAAAGAGGGUGGAAAGGAGAAGGAGAAGGAGAAAGAGAAAGAGGAAAAGAAAGAUGGAACGGUCGAUGAAAAAGGCGAGGAGAUCCAAGAAAGCGAGGAAAACAAGGGCGAAGAACCCGACGAAGAUUUGGAGGCCCCGAAUGCAAAUGGUGCGCCCAUGGACGAGUACAUUCCCGAUGCCAACACUUUGGAUCUGCCCGAUGACAUGGCUCUGGAGCCUGACGAACAAGGGGAUCAGGGAGGACUCGAAAUGGGGGAUGAAAUGGAUACAGAGUUGGACGAAGAUGAACAACACACCGAUGAGAUGGAGGAAACAGACAGCCUUGGAAAGGACGAGUCUCCAGGGGAUAUACCAGAACCUCAAUCGCAAGAAAACCAGCCGCCGGAUCAGCCUCCCCAAGCUACAGACCAUGAUGCAGACAAUGUAGAGGAAGACGUCGAGGAAGGCGCUAUUGCUCAGCCAGAUGUUUCUCCUGGGAACGGAGAUGCUGGGAACAAAGACAAUGAGCCACAGGCCAAUGAUGGUGCACAACAAGGGCAGGCAGGCGACGCAUCUGGUGAGAUGAAGGACGAUGCCGCAGCACCUGAACAGAGCACCAACGAGACCUCUGAAGAAUCAAAACCAAGAGAUGAUGCUGAACCCUCGAAACCAUGGUCUUCCACUGACACGGCCACGAAACCAGGUACAUCAGCGGAGGGCAUGCAGCAUGGUGGAGCCUAUGCCCGCCAACACACCGAACUCACCACGAACCCUAUCCGUAACCUUGGUGAUGCACUCAAAGAGGUACAACAGCGCUUCGAAGAUAUCCUGGGCGGUGGAGAGUCUUCCCCGUCCGCUGCAGACCAAGCUGCUGAGCAAAUCGAGUAUGCUGAUGCGGACGAGGAGAUGCAGGCUUUGGGUGCAGCGGGCGAGGAGCAGGUUGCGAAGCUGAAUGAGCUAAGGCUUGUUGAUGAGAAAACAGAAGCAGUCGCACUACCCAUGGAUAUCGAUGCUCCCCGCACGGAUGAGCUUGCACCACCACCACAGCCAUUGACUGCAUUGCAUACGGAGCCAGUGACAGAGGGUGCACGUCCAGACAUAGAAGGCGCCAUAACUAAGUUGGAGACGCACUCUGGUGCAGACCCCGAACAUGUUUCCUCACGCCGUGAUCCUUCAUCUUUACAAGCGGAUGUCGAUGAAGACAUGGAACAAUCCAGUCCAGACAGCUCCUUUGAAAACAUAGAGGCAGCCCUCCAGACCUGGCAGGAUUCAGGCUAUACCUGCGAAGAUGCUGAAUCUCUUUGGCGGCUUUACACGUCCCUCACACACGACCUCUCUUACGCUCUUUGCGAACAACUGCGUCUUAUCCUUGCACCCACCCUGGCCACUCGUCUCAAAGGCGACUACCGGACAGGCAAGAGGCUCAACAUGAAGAAGAUCAUUCCUUAUAUCGCCUCUGACUACACCAAGGACAAGAUCUGGCUUCGGCGCACGCGCCCCAGCCAGCGCGAAUACCAGGUCCUUCUUGCACUCGAUGACAGCCGCAGUAUGGCAAGCUCCCGCAGCGUACAUCUUGCUUAUCAGACACUUGCCCUCGUGAGCAACGCCAUGGGGAAACUUGAGGUCGGCGACGUUGCAAUUGCCAGGUUCGGCGAGGGCAUGGAGUUACUUCAUGGCUUUGACGAAGGACCAUUCACGGAUGCUGCUGGUGCAAAGACGCUCGGCGCGUUCAGAUUUGAGCAGCGUGCCACGAACGUCCUGGAUAUGGUAGAGAGGAGCCUCGAAGUGCUAGAGAUCGCCCGAGAAAGAAAGGCCACCGGGUCGGCAAGUGCAGGUGAACUAUGGCAACUUGAGAUCAUCAUUUCGGACGGUAUCUGUCAAGAUCACGAGCGUUUGCGGCAGGUGCUGAGACGGGCAACAAGCCAACGCGUUAUGGUCGUGUUCAUCAUCAUUGACUCACUGCACUCGACCUCCACUUCUGGGCAAGGGCAAACACAAGACGCUUCUGCUGUACAGAACUCAAUCGUUUCGAUGAAUCAAGUCGCCUACACGAUGAUCAACGGGCGCAUGGAGCUUCAGGUAGAGAGGUAUUUGGAUUCUUUCCCAUUUGAUUACUAUGUGGUGUUACGAAGCGUUGAGGCGCUACCUGAAGUACUGUCAGAUACACUUAGACAAUUUUUCGAAAGGAUCUCCGAAGAGUAGAAUACUAUAUGAAUGAUAACAAUUGAGUUCUACUUGCA